AGCCCUUGUAGCUCUGCAGCUCUUCGCCCGCAAGUUUUUGCCCACCUCUUCCUUUGAACCCAUGGCGAAGAAGCUGCUUGCCCUUCUCCUGCUCAAGGCCGUGCGGGCCCAGGACUGCUCGGGGGAGGGCACCACCUGGGGCCCGGGCAUCGGCCCGCCCCCGGACGGCUGCGGCCCCCCGACCGGCGGUCCUACCGAUGGCGGUCCUACCGAUGGCGGCACUUCCAGUGGGUGCAACAACCCCAGCUGCAGCAGCCCGCCCUGUGCCGCGCCCUUGCUCGGAGAUGUGGGCUGUUCCACGGUCGCUGGAACCGAGUCCUACAACCAUGAGAUGGUGCAGAAAGGUGACUCCAUCCCCACUGACGCCCACAUCUUUGGCCCCUUUGAGGCAGGCUUCGGGGAGCAGCAGAAGGGCAUCAUCGAGAGCUGGGGCUGCAGCGACGCCUCGGUGGUUUACGACUCCGAGGGCGGCAAGGACCUCAACAUUGCCGAGGCGUCAGUCGCCAAAGCCUGCAGCAUCCAGCUUCCCCGCAUCGUGGGGGAGACCUACUACGGCAUCGUAGGGCCCUGCGGGGGUCACACGGGGGACUACCACUUCCACCGGGGCUUCGGGUGCUUGUACCAGGAGAGCGGCAGCCACUCCACCAAGGUGGGCGUUGUUGCUGGAUACAACCUCUACGGCAAAUGGGAGGACUACGCCAACAACCAGCUGCCGCUGCUGGACGCCUGCGGCGCUCACUUCGGGCCCACGCCCGAGAGCUCGAGCAACGUGUACCACUACCACGUGCAAGACCAGGCGCCGUUCACGGUGGGCUGCUACGGGCCCUCUGCCUCCAACGGCCUGGUGUCGGUGGCGGAGUGCCGGGCUCUGUACCCCAAGUGCGACAACGACGGGGGCGCUGGCACCGCCAUCGAGACCCACGCAGGCACUGUGACCUACGACAAAUUUUGCCCGUGCUGGGACGGCGCGGGGUCCAAUAUGGGCACCAACAUCGUGGAGCUGCCUGCGCUCAGCACCUCCGCUAUCUCCUACACCGCAGGCAGCGGAAGCAGUUCCGCCAGCACCACCAGCACCAGCACCGCUGCGACAGGCACGGGCGUCAGCACAACCAGUACAGUUGCCAGCACCAGCACCACCGCCGGACAAGGCCCGACCACCACCACCACGUGGACCGCCAUCUCCAGCGCCAGCACCGCGCGAAUGUCGAAGCUUUUUAGCCUCACGGCAGCCGUCUUCACCCUCCUGGUACGCUGAAGCGUUUCCCAUGGACAAUCCAAAGCAGUGAGAUGAGCCAGACUCUGCGUUCCUCUCUGAGCCACAGUCACUGGUAGCUUUCAAGAACCUGUUAAAACUUAAA